CACACACACACACACCCUCCGCCUCCUUUUCCUUGGGCCUCCGGAUCCCCUCCGGAUUUUUCACUGUUACAGAUGGAGGUCGCGCGUAUUCCCGGUUUGGAGACAGCGGGCACUGGGUGAAGCGGUUUGGAGGACGUGUGCGACCAUGCCGUAAUGUUUCCGCCACGUCAAGAGCGUUUAUAGAGACACACACACACACACACACGCACGCACGCACGCACGCACACACACGCGCGCGCGUGGAGGUCUAGGCUUGUUUCCACCUGUAAGAUGGAAGAGAACCAGCGGCAAUAAGAUGGGCAGAAUCAGCACGCGCUUAUCUGCUCGGAUUGUCGGUUUCCCACCGAGACUACUCCUGCUGCUGCUGCUGCUCGCGCUCUUCACAGGCUGCAGUCACGCCAUGCCGCACGUCCUGAGAUUCGGAGGGAUUUUUGAGUCUAUUGAGAGUGGUCCUUCUGGUGCUGAGGAACUGGCCUUCAAAUUUGCACUGAACACCAUCAACAGGAACCGGACGCUGCUGCCCAACACCACGCUCACCUACGACAUCCAGAGGAUCAAUGUCUUUGACAGCUUUGAGGCCUCAAGGAAAGCUUGUGAGCAGCUUUCUUUAGGUGUGGCAGCCAUAUUUGGGCCAUCACACAGUUCCUCAGCCAAUGCAGUGCAGUCCAUCUCCAAUGCACUAGGAGUGCCACAUAUCCAGACCAGAUGGAAACACCAAGUGUCAGAUAAUCGCGACUCAUUCUACGUUAGUCUCUAUCCUGACUUCUCCUCUCUCAGCCGUGCCAUCCUGGAGCUCGUUUACUUCUUCAGGUGGGAGACAGUUACAGUGGUGUACGACGACAGCACGGGUUUGAUUCGUCUGCAGGAGCUGAUCAAAGCUCCCUCUAGAUACAACAUCCGUCUGAAAAUCCGCCAGCUCCCUGCAGAGACUAAGGAUGCCAAACCACUUCUUAAAGAGAUGAAAAAAGCAAAAGAGUUUCACGUCAUCUUUGACUGUGGCCAUGAGAUGGCUGCGUGGAUACUCAAGCAGGCUCUCUCUAUGGGGAUGAUGACAGAGUAUUAUCACUACAUCUUCACAACACUGGAUUUGUUUGCAUUAGACAUGGAGCCAUACCGCUACAGCGGUGUGAACAUGACCGGGUUUCGGAUCCUAAACACGGAGAGUGCUCAGGUGUCUUCAAUCAUAGAAAAGUGGUCUAUGGAGAGACUACAGGCCCCUCCGAAACCUGACUCAGGACUACUGGAUGGAUUCAUGACGACAGAUGCAGCGCUGAUGUAUGAUGCAGUGCAUGUUGUAGCAGUAGCCGUGCAGCAGGCACAGCAGAUCACUGUGAGCUCUCUACAGUGCAACCGACACAAGCCCUGGCGCCUCGGAGGGAGGUUCAUGAGUCUCAUUAAAGAGGCUUCGUGGGAUGGUCUGACAGGGCGAGUUCUCUUCAACAAAACCAAUGGCUUGAGAACGGACUUUGAUCUAGAUGUGAUCAGUCUGAAGGAAGAAGGACUGGAAAAGAUUGGCACAUGGGAACCUCUGAGUGGCUUAAACAUGACAGAGCAUCAUAAGAGUAAAGCGGCCAAUGUUACAAACUCCUUGUCUAACAAAUCACUAAAGGUCGCCACUAUUCUGGAAGAGCCCUAUGUGAUGUUUAAGAAGUCGGAUAAACCUCUCUGUGGUAAUGAUCGCUUCGAGGGCUAUUGUGUGGACUUGCUGCGUGAGCUCGCCGCUAUUCUUGGAUUCCAUUACGAGAUCCAAUUGGUGGAGGAUGGGAAGUAUGGAGCAGUAGAGGAGAGCACUGGCCAGUGGAACGGCAUGGUGCGAGAACUUAUAGACCAUAAAGCAGAUCUGGCGGUGGCUCCCUUAGCCAUAACAUAUGUGAGGGAGAAGGUGAUCGAUUUUUCGAAGCCCUUCAUGACUCUUGGGAUCAGCAUCCUGUACCGCAAACCCAAUGGCACAAACCCUGGCGUCUUCUCCUUCCUCAAUCCCCUUUCCCCUGAUAUCUGGAUGUAUAUUCUGCUGGCUUACUUAGGUGUCAGUUGUGUGCUGUUUGUCAUAGCCAGGUUCAGCCCAUAUGAGUGGUAUAAUCCUCAUCCCUGUAACCCUGAUUCGGACAUGGUGGAGAAUAACUUCACUCUACUAAAUAGUUUCUGGUUUGGAGUUGGGGCUCUCAUGCAACAAGGGUCUGAGCUGAUGCCCAAGGCUCUGUCUACCAGAAUAGUUGGAGGAAUCUGGUGGUUCUUCACCUUGAUUAUCAUUUCAUCAUACACAGCAAACCUUGCUGCGUUCCUCACUGUGGAGAGAAUGGAGUCUCCCAUUGACUCAGCUGAUGACCUGGCCAAGCAAACGAAGAUCCCCUAUGGUGUAGUUGAAGAUGGUGCUACCAUGACAUUCUUCAAGAAGACAAAGAUCUCUACUUACGAUAAGAUGUGGGAGUUCAUGAACAGCAGGAGGCAAUCUGUGAUGGUAAAGAGUGUAGAAGAGGGCAUCCAGCGAGUGCUGACUUCUGACUAUGCAUUCCUCAUGGAGUCCACCACAAUUGAAUUUGUCACUCAGCGCAACUGCAAUCUCACACAGGUUGGAGGCCUCAUUGAUUCCAAGUCCUAUGGAGUGGGAACACCUAUGGGCUCUCCUUACCGAGACAAGAUCACUAUAGCGAUCUUGCAGUUGCAAGAAGCAGGAAAGCUUCACAUGAUGAAAGAGAAAUGGUGGCGGGGAAAUGGUUGUCCAGAGGAGGAAAGCAAAGAGGCAAGUGCACUGGGAGUGCAAAACAUCGGGGGCAUCUUUAUCGUGCUGGCUGCAGGCUUGGUCCUCUCUGUUUUUGUGGCUGUAGGGGAAGUGUUAUACAAGUCCAAACAGAAUGCACAGAUGGAGAAGCGAUCGUUUUGUAGCGCCAUGGUGGACGAGCUAACUGUGUCUCUGAAGUGUCAGCGGCGACUCAAGCAAAAACCUCAGCCUCCCACUAUUGUCAAAACUGAGGAAGUGAUAAACAUGCACACCUUCAAUGACAGAAGACUGCCAGGAAAAGAGACCAUGGCUUGAGAGUCAUCACUUCCCUGCCUCUCUCCCUUCUCAGGGAGAUGUGAGAAAGUGUGGGGCAAGAGAGAGCCUGGGGCAGGAGUCAAUUCCGCAAUGCCUUUGGGUCCACCUGGACCAAUCACAUCAGAGAUGUUUCCUGUGGAAAUCCAGAUACCUGCGCAAAAUAAAUCUGUAAACCUUUAUGGAACUGCAUAGAAAUUAUAUUGGUUUAAAGCUCUUGCUAUGCCUCACACUGUUAGGAACAUAAGAAUGAGAUUUUACUACUUGUUCUUACUGUACCAAUAUCCAGUCCAGUAGAUGUUCAACAUCUCCCUGGAUGGAGAGCCUCAGAGUUUGAAUAGUACAAUUUUAUAAUAGUUCCAUUUAUAAUAGUGACUUUGAAUGUGGAUGAAAGAUUAACUUAAGAUUUUAGGUCAAAGCUCAAAUACAGCUUUUUAGCUAAACAUACCCUAAGCUACAGUGGCCCAUAACUGAAAAACACAUCGCACCAAAAUCACACCAUCAAAACCAAGAACACAACAGCAUUACUUCAAAGCGGCAACAUGCUUGUUGCUCAUUGGACACAAUGUAUGACUAUCACAACUGGAGGAGAAAAAAAAUAUUUCUUCCUAAUGACUCAGCUUUAUUAAGGUAUGAUCUAAAGUUGACAGCAUUUUUAGAAUAACAUCAUAUUAAAUUUCUUGAUAAAAAUAAACAUGUAAAAGCAUCAGAAGGUUAAUUUAGGCUCAUAAUUCCUCUUAUUUUAAACUUCUGCCAGCUCUUCAUUUUUCACAUUUGUUUUCAAACUAAUGCAAUGAUGUUCAAUAAGGAAAUAUCCUUUAUGUUUGUGUUUUAUGCUGUUGUGCUUUUGGUUUUGCUCUCAUGUUUCCAAAUUUGCUUGUUGUGAUUUCUGAUUUAUUGUUGCAUUCUUGGUUUGUUAAUGUGUUUUCCACUUAUAGGGCACUGUACUAAGCUAUUUUUGAGCUAUACCUUGGGUGUCUAGUAAUCUUCAGACCUGGGAAAAGCUCAUUAAAUAAGUAGGUUUUGAGACAGUUUUGACUGACACAAAAGAUUGUAAAACAACAAAAGUUGAGUUGUAUGAUAGUUGUUGUAUGAACUAAACUGACAAAUGAAGCUUAGAUUUUUGUGAUUUAGCUGUUUAUUCCGACUGACAUGAAUGGAAACACCAUAAAAUUGUGUUGAAAGAGGCCAAGCAUCUGUUCAGAGGGAACUCAACAUACAACUUUUGAACUUUAUUGCUGUUAUACAUAUGCAAAUGUCUACAUUUUUUUUUUUUUUUUUUUUUUUUUGCGUUUGUUAACUUAUCAGAGUUCAAGCUAAGCAAUUGUAAAAUAUGAACUUACAACUUCUGGCCAUUAUCAUAAUCUGAUAAACCUGGAAUCAAACAGGAAGUAUACAUUCAUACACAUGAAUUCACUGAUUGAUCAUGUUUAAAAAUCAUGAUUUUAAUAUGGUUAGAGAAGUGAAAAUGUGACUCUACAGGGGCAAAAUGAAUUAAUUAUUAGGAAUGACCAUGUGUACUUGACUCACAAAUCACAGUCAAUACAUAAUACACAAUAAAUGCAUGAAUCAUGUCAAUCAUGUCCCAAAUUUUUAGAGACGUUUUGCGGCCAUGAAAUUCAUAAUUACCUUAUUUUUUUCAUAAACUGGUACAUUUGCUCAAUUUAAACAUUAGAUAUGUUUUCCAUGUUCGAUUGUGAAUAACAUAUGGGUUUAUGAGAUUUGCACAUCCUGGUAUUCAGUUUUUAUUUAUAUUUAUUUACAUUUUACACAGUGUAAAACUUUUUUGGAAUUGGGGUUAUACUACGCUCAAUCACAUUACAUUUAAACACAUUGAACCAAUUUAAUAUAGCCAGGUUAGAAUAAUAGUGUUGUUCCAAUUCUAAAAUUCCAUUUCCUAUACAAAAUUAAGUACCACAAUACCAUUACAGAAACUAUACCGUGCUAAGAAAAAAAAAAGAAAAACAGGAAAAUGUAUAACACAUAAUAAGAAAUAGAAAACACAUAAAUGUUUUGACAAACAGCAUCUAUCUGCUCAGAAUUAGUUAGUUAUCAAUAAUAGCUCUACAUUCUUUUGUAUUAUUAUUAUUUUUUGCUAUUUACACCACAUUGUAGAUUGCUAUACAGUACGAUUGUUCGGAGAUAUGCGCAGUAGGUUAAAACACACAAAGUUGUCCCAUGACAUUACUCUUUUACUUUCCUUUUCGCCUCAAUAGUGUUAUACUGUGUUUAUGUAUACUACGAUGCAACUGGCUCUGAUGAAUUAUAUGACAACAUUCUUCCAAGCCACUUUGUUAGGACGAAUAAGCAUGCACUUAAUAGAACAGAUCUGGAUGAAUUAUUAUGCACAAAUCACAGACACUGUAAUCUAUUUUUUAAUAGCUCAUAUCAGUAUUUUGCACAUAUGAAUUUAUGUACAAUACAUAUUAAAGUUGUGCUGAAAGCCAAUCAUCAACACACUCAAUAUAACAUUACAAUUUAAAAAUAACUGCAGCAGUGCAAACAAAGACUAUACCAAUGGUGUUAAUCUACACAUUCAAAAUCACAAUAUAUCAAGCAUAAUGUACAUAAUUACAAGGAUCAGGAAGUUACUGAAAAUGAUUGAAUGAAUCAGUGAAUGAACAAAUAUGUAAUAUCAUGAUCAACCACUGGAGCUAAACAGACUUCGUGUUAGUACAUUACCACUCAAGUUAAAUUGAAAAGAUGUUUGCUCAUACCAGUAUGGGUUUCCAAACUAUUUUUCUUUUACAACAUUCUGGGCUCUCUCUGAAGAUCUUAAAUUUGAGACAUUUCACAAUAGCUUUUAUUGUUAUAUUUCCCUCCUUUGUUGGCUUGAUUUUCUUUUUUCUUUCUUUGCUGUUACCAUAAAAUUCAUUUUAAGAACUAUUCACCUUUUGUUUUUCAGAAGGUUGGCAGGUGAUGACUGAGUCAUUUAGGUUGUACUCACCAAAAUAUUUCUACUUCUAAUUGUACAGAGACAUUUUUGUAGUAAUUUCUAUUUGUGCACAUGAGAUGUAGCCUACUGCAUUUGUAUAACCUAAUGAGACACAUGAUAAUUUUCAAGGCUCAGAAUGAUUUGUGUCAGAGUCUAUGGUUUGAAAUGAUUGGUGCAAUGGCUAUCCUCUGUGUUUCUCAUUCUGUGAUCAUUAAUUGUACUUCUUUGCCAGUAAUUUCUGUCAAUGUACAUGUUUUAGGUUGUCUGCGGUGGAUCCACUUUAUGAGUGAUCUAAAAAAAAAAAAAAUCUCAAGAACAGUUUGUUGACUAACAAUUAAACAGAUUUAUAUU